AUGCACUCGAAUAUUGUUCUUCGAGUUGCUGAUACACGUCUAUCUCCACAGACAAUUAGUUCGAGUGGUUAUCAUAGUGAUUUAUCAUCAACGCAUGAUUCACCUGGAUCUUCUCAUCGUAACGGACAUGAACGUGUGGAAUAUUAUGCGUCGAUUCCUGUGAGAACGAAGAUUCAAACGAACAAAAUGACAAGUUUAUCACAAAUAUCGAAUUUCCUUCGGAAGCAGUACGAACGAGCGAAGUCGAAAUUCAUCUCCGAAAAGCAUCAUUCACGUACGAUUAAAACUUCGACAAAAGCAACAUCAACAACUCCUGUUCCGUAUCUAACGAACAGUAUUCGUCGACCGUCUAUGCUUUCGAAGUACAAGCAAAGUUCAUUCAUUGAACCGGUACGUUCUGUCUAUGUCCGUCCAUUGCAUGAUAAUACUCUAAAAAAGGGCCCUCCGAGAGACUACAACGGUAUCUAUGACUGCUAUUCUCAACGGCCAUCCCAUCGAUUAACAGAAUGCUCGAAAUUUCCAAAGAAUUCUGUCGAUUGUUCUUAUUAUCGUCCAACGAUGAUAUCGAAUUUAGAAACAUUAACAGCCGGCUGUUGUCGUCCAACGUUUCAUUUAAAUAAAUCAAUUUAUUCUCAACACUAUUAUCCAUAUAAGUACAUUAAUAAAAAUUAUGAUUAUCAUCCAUCUCUGUACGCACCGUUAAGUGAUUUUAUAAGUACGACAGACAGUGCUUUCAAACCAAUCAAAGUUUUUCGAGAACAAUCUUUUUAUCAUCGCGCCGAACCAAUUCCUCCAUCCAAUGAUCCAUGCGAUCUCGAAGUCGCCCAUUAUUUGUGUCCGACUCCACAGUGGAGUAAUCCAAAUUAUUUUGAUAUUUAUAACAAAGAUAUACCACGAAUCCUACCGAGAAAGCCGUAUACAGAAACUUUAUGUUAA